AUGGCAUACGGAUUAAACCCCAAUGAAGGACGUUCUAGGUUUGCCAAACUAGGAAUGGCAAUAAACGAUGAACUAUCUCAAGCUUACAGAGACAUUCUUAAAAUAAAUGUGGAUCCUAAAGAUAUGAAUGCACUAGUGAAAUCAGAAGAUAUUUUCCGGAAUCUUUCUGCAAAUCAACGACUUCUACUAAGUCAGACUGCAACGUCUGGAUAUAAGGAACUUGACAUUUCAUUAAUGUACAAAUUACUCAGGAAUAUUUGUAAAAACAUCCCUCAGCCUACAAAUGGUUGGGGAGGGGAUUCCAUGCCAAAAGAAGGUGAAAAUACAGUAGGUGAUGAUAUUGAAAGAAUAAGGCUUAUUCGAAAUGACGUGUUCGGACAUGUGAGUUCAGCUUCUACUACUAAAGACACAUUUGAUAAAUGUUGGUUAAUCAUUUCCAAAGUAUGUACAAGACUACAGUUGUACACAGGAAAAAACUACUUGAAUGGUUUACAGAACAUAAGAGAACAAUCACUGAAAAAAGAAGAUGAGUUGGCAGAGAUAGAAAAGAUCAAGAAUGAUUGUCAAAGAGACGUAGAACUACGCGAUUUAAUAAUGUCUUUGAAAAAAGAUGUUCAGGAAUUGAAAGAACCUACAAAAAAUGUUCGACUAAGUGGAAAAAAUAAGCUACGCCAUGUUUUUCAAAUGACUUUCAAGGCAAAAGAUUCUCAAAGAAAACAUGCGGUAGAAACAGUCACAAACAAUAUUAAGGAUGGCAUAAAUUUUAUGAUAGACUCAAUCCACGAAAAUUCAACGGAAGAGGACAUAUACACUAUUCAAGAAAGUCUCAAAAAAUUUCUAGAAAAGGUUGAUAAAAAAGAUGUUAUCGAUGAAAUGUUGACAAAAAUGAGAAGAAAAAUGGAAUGGUUUUCAAGUUUGCAUCCAAAGAGACAGAUAUCAAUAUUUCAAAAGUUUAUUAACUAUCUUUGGGAUCUCAGCUCGAAAUACGAAUUAGAAAGUUUGCAGCUCAAGUUUGGAAGUAUUCUCUUUGACCUGACAUUUGUAACAGAAGAUGGGUAUAAUAGGCUUUUGAAAGAUGUAAAAAAUGGAAUGGAGCGCCUAACAUUAGUAAAGAUAUUUUGCGAUUCCGAACUUCUCUCGACAGUAGGUCUACAUGAGGAAGAAAUUUCAAUUUUUAUCGCACCAUAUGAUGAAAAAAG